GUAACCUGUUUAAAACCCUAAUUAAACUCAGCUCAAAGUAGAAUUUGGUGUUCUUGCUCAUCUUCAAAUCUUUCUACGGAAGAUUACCACUUGAAAUUCUUUACUCUGAACUCAGUUUUUGAACAAGAACUGAGCGGAGAUGGAUGGCCACUCUCUCCCACCACCGUUUCAUACAAGAAACUUCAAUCUGCACCAGUUCCAACAGAAUUCUGAAGAUGAACAAAGCGGCAACAAUGGUCUCAACAUGAGUGGUCACAAAAGAGAACAUGAGAAUGAAGAUAUGUUGAACAAUAGCGGCGGUGGUGGUGGCAGUGGUAGUGAAGGCAAAGACGGAGACGGAGAGAUGGGUAGACGACCCCGAGGACGUCCCGCGGGGUCGAAAAACAAACCCAAACCGCCUAUAAUAAUCACGAGGGACAGCGCUAACGCGCUGCGCACCCAUGUGAUGGAAGUUGCCGACGGGUGUGAUGUGAUGGAUAGCAUCAGCACAUUCGCACGCCGUCGGCAACGUGGUGUCUGUAUCAUAAGUGGUACAGGAACCGUCACAAAUGUGACACUGCGACAACCGGCCUCGCCUGGGGCGGUUGUCACAUUGCAUGGGCGGUUUGAGAUCCUGUCCUUGGCAGGAUCUUUCCUGCCACCGCCAGCACCACCUGCUGCCACCGGCUUAACUAUUUAUUUAGCCGGUGGCCAAGGGCAGGUGGUGGGUGGUAGUGUGGUGGGAACCCUAUUAGCCGCAGGGCCGGUUGUUAUCAUGGCGGCUUCGUUUAGCAACGCCGCCUAUGAAAGACUGCCUCUUGAGGAUGAAGAAAGUAAUUUGCCUAUUCAAGGUGGCUCCCUAGGAUCUCCCGGAGCCAUCACACCACCACCAUCACAACAGCAACAACAAUUAAUGACGGAUCCGUCGCUGUUUCAAGGCAUGCCACCAAAUCUACUAAACUCAGUUCAGUUGCCAAAUGAUGCUUAUUGGGGUAACCAUGGUAGCAGUCGCCCAUCAUUCUAAGAUCAUAACAUUUGUAACUGCAUCUCAUUGAGCAAAAUCUUGUGAUUUCAAUUCUUUUAGUUUCAUCUUAUUUUUAUUAUAGUGUAUGUCAACUCUUUUGCUUCUUACUUUCAUCAGUUUUAGGGUUUCUUGAUUU